CGUCAUCGAUCCUUUCCGGGUCGCAGAGUUUGCGCAUCCACGAUUAUGAGUUAGUGGGCCAGUCGUCUUCAUCUAAAAUCCCCGAAAAGAGAGUAAAAAAGUGAAAGAAAUCCUAAUUCCACAUAUCACCUUGUAACCGUAUGAAACCACGAUGCCGGGGCUCAGCUGUCGCUUCUACCAGCACCGGUUCCCAGAGGUGGAGGACGUGGUGAUGGUCAACGUGAGGUCCAUCGCUGAGAUGGGCGCCUAUGUCAGCCUGCUGGAGUACAACAACAUCGAAGGCAUGAUUCUCUUGAGUGAGCUGUCGCGUCGACGUAUCCGCUCCAUCAACAAGCUCAUCCGCAUCGGUCGUAACGAGUGUGUGGUCGUCAUCCGAGUGGACAAGGAGAAGGGAUACAUCGAUUUAUCCAAAAGAAGAGUUUCACCAGAGGAGGCCAUCAAGUGUGAAGACAAAUUCACUAAAUCUAAAACUGUUUACAGCAUCCUCCGACAUGUGGCUGAAGUCCUGGAAUACAGUAAAGACGAGCAGCUGGAGAACUUGUACCAGCGCACGGCCUGGGUUUUUGAUGAGAAGUAUAAGAGGCCAGGAUACGGAGCCUAUGAUGUCUUCAAACUGGCUGUGUCAGACCCUUCUAUUUUGGAUGGCUUGGACUUAACAGAAGAAGAGCGAAAUGUUCUGAUAGACAACAUCAACAGACGACUCACUCCACAGGCUGUCAAAAUCAGAGCAGACAUUGAAGUGGCGUGCUACGGCUACGAGGGUAUUGAUGCGGUGAAGGAGGCCUUGAGGGCCGGACUGGGCUGUUCCACAGAGGCCAUGCCCAUCAAGAUUAAUCUGAUCGCUCCUCCUCGUUACGUGAUGACGACAACAACUCUGGAGCGCACAGAGGGUCUGUCUGUCCUGAACCAGGCCAUGGCCGCCAUUAAAGAGAAGAUUGAGGAGAAGAGAGGCGUGUUCAACAUCCAGAUGGAGCCCAAGGUGGUGACAGACACAGAUGAGACGGAAUUGGCUCGGCAACUGGAGCGGUUAGAGCGGGAGAAUGCCGGGGGGGGCGGGGACGGUGAUGCCGGG